AUGCCGGACUAUUUCCCACAGACCAGAAUGAGUCCACUUCCCGAGAUAUUCCGCAAUGGCACAGAGCAGAAUCAGGUAAGUGAUCUCGUGGUUGUAUGGUUAGCGCGGACUCGCCAAUAUAAGCACUGGCUAUACGUUUACUCAGCAGAUACUGGCACUCAGCGGCUCUGGUGUUCGGCGCGGCUCACUCUCCACGUUGCUCUGGAUUCCUCUCAAGCUGCUACCAUGCGGGGGCUGGUACUGUCGCUGAUGAUCACUUCCAUUUGUUUAGCCAAAAGAGUUAAAGCAAUCAACUGGGGUAGAUGUGAACAUGUGGAACUGCAAAAGAAUUUUAGUCUCGAUCAGUAUAUGGGAACGUGGUAUGAAAUCGAACGACUUUACAAUAUCACUGGAGAACGCAGAUGUAUUUCUGAAACAAUAUCCAAAGCUUCCAAUGGGUUUAGAGAGAUAUAUGAGCUUCUCACUUGGAUGAUUAAGGAGAAUGAUGCAGUGUCUGUACUCAGUGCAGAAUUACUUCCACCUCCAAAGACAAACAAAGAUCAAGCAAAACUCAUCUACAGGCUUGAUCAACACCUAGGGCAAGACCCAAUAGACAAGAGAGGUUUUGAUUACUGGGUGAUAGACACUGACUAUACAGGUUACUCGCUGGUAUUCUCUUGUGUUUCUUUCCUUGGCAUAGCACACACCCCGUAUGCCUGGAUUUUUUCAAGAGAACGACAGCUGCCAGCAAAUACCACAAAAUACCUGCAUGAUAUCCUGAAUAAAUAUAACAUUAAUACUGAAGAUUUUGUGAAAAUUAAUCAAGAAGAUUGCAUAUAAGUGCUGAUCAGAACACAUACAAAACAGUUGAGUCUGCAUCAAAAUGCACCUGUUUUUAGUUUACUCCAUUGUAAUUUACACUGGAAUUAGCAUAACUGAAGUUAUACAAUAUCUGCUGGAGUUGCUGUGAUGGACUGUGAAUUAAGUUAUCUACAUCAGAAGUGCAAGAGUUUGAAGAAACACCUCCAGUUGUCAAUAUCUACCCCCACUGAAAUUCAAAUCAAUGACGAAAUCUUGACCGGGCCAUCACUAAAUAAUAAUAAAUACAACUUAAAAUUACAGGCAUAAUGGGAACUGCAGAUGCUGGAGAAUCCAAGAUAACAAAGUGUGAAGCUGGAUGAACACAGCAGGCCAAGUAGCAUCUCAGGAAGCUGACGUUUCGGGCCUAGACCUUCAUCAGAUGGUCUAGGCCCAAAACGUCAGCUUUUGUGCUCCUGAGAUGCUGCUUGGCCUGUUGUGUUCAUCCAGCUUCACACUUUUUGUUAUCUUAAAAUUACAGACAAGUGGGAUUACACUUCAUGCUCCAAACAUUUGGUCUAAGCAGAGACACUGACUAAUUAGUGCUAAUGAACAUGAAAGAGGUCACCCCCUUGGGGCCCAGUUUUGUACUCAUUGGCCAAAGUUUUCUGCUUGUUACAUUUCACUCCAUAUUUUCUGCUCCCCAUCAUUGCAUUUGUUAGAAAAAAUCACAGACUGGCAGUAAAUAAGCAGAAGAUAUGAUUUCUAGCUCAAUGCCUUUAAUGUCACUCUUUGUUUGGCCUCCUACUAUUUCUUUGCUGUUCUUAUGUUAUUUAAUCAAAUAAUAUACAAUACCUAGAACUCUUAGAUUAGUUUUGGCUUGGCACAGUUAUUUGGCUUUGUGGACUACAAUAGUAUUAUAAUCUGUUAUGCUAAGUGCUUUCUUUAGCAAUAAAAAUGAAAAACUAAAAUAA